AUGAAAGUGUGCAUAUGUUGUUUUAAAUGCAUUCUGUUGAUUUAUCUCUGCGCCAUAACGGCAUAUGGGAGUUCCGAAAGAUGGGCGGAUAAUAAAAAUGGAGAUGGUGUGGGUGAACGUGGCGCGUCCCUAUUGAGCACAACUGAUGCUGAUGAUUUUGGGGGGAGGCUCAAUAAGGCGCAUCAUAGGGGAGGUCUGAGAAGUGUGUAUUCAGUGGGGAAAGGGGAAGAAUCCUUUAUAAGCGUGCGGGGUGCAGCCACGAUAGAGGAUGAAAGCGAUGAUGAUGAUGAGGAGGAGGAAGAGGACGGUGCGAGUGACGACACGGAUUACCCCGCCGCUGAAGACGAGAAAACGGUUAUCCUAAGUGUGCAUGACCAAAACGGAGAGCUCACUCACAACGCGAACGAUACGGAGGUGAAGCAAAUGGCCGUCCUGAAAGAUAUAACUGAUAAAGUUAAGCGAGAAGUAACCGAGGUGAACAUGGACAGAGUUAACCAAGUUGAUGCCCCGAGCAUUGCCGAGGAGGAGAGAAAGAUAAACGAAUUUUACGAGUACGAAAAUGAGGUAUUAAAAAACAUUCGGGAAAAAAAAAAAAUAUUUACGCAAUGAUUAAUGAAGAUUUGGAUGAGCUACUGAAGCCUGCUCAGAAGGAAUAUAUGAUGGUGGCUAGGAGUAUAAAAAGUAAGCUGUUGCAUGAGUACGAGCAUAUCCUUCGGGAGGAAUUGUCCCAAGAG